GCUUACACAGUAUUAAUACACCAGUCGUAGUAACGGCUCGAAUUGCUCGCACGCUUAGCAUACAUGGUUUCGCUCGGUGGGGCGCACACCGCUGCGCACGUUGCGAGGCGCCAGCGGGCGCCCGCAUUUGUAACGGCUAAUCGCGCGCGCUGUGGCGUCAUUGCACUGGCGUCGCGCGCGAAGAAGCUGGAUUCCAUUCAGCGGCGGUCGCGGCUCGACGUGCAGGGCUACUCUGGGCUUGUCUUCACGCAUGUAUUCGCUACAGCUGCAACGGCACUAGCACUAUAUAUGGCGAUCCAGGGCGAUAUCCAGCAGGGUUUCCAGGACCUGAAGGGGGACAUAGCAGACCUGAAGGCGGACAUAACAGACAUGAAGACAGACAUAAGGGCCAACAGUGGCAGGCUCGACAAUUUGAACGCCAGCUUUGGUCGCAAGUGGCGCGACUAGACCAAUACGGUUGACAGGCACGAGCCAUCUGCGGGGUGACGGGCAGCGCUGCCUGCAAGUGGUGAUUCCGUUUGGUGGCUCGCGUGCCCGCGAUGUCCAAGUGUGCCAACACUGCGGGACUAUGUGGGGCGGCCGCGGCGCCAACUGUGCGACGAAGACGCGGCACGCGCUGAUGGAGAUGCUGCUUGGUAGAGCGCGACCUGCGGCCCUGCGCCACGGUGGCGGCGGCGGCGAUGGUGGUGGUGGCGGGCCUGGCCCCACCAGUGCAGCGGCGGCGGCGGCGGCAGCAGCAGCAGCAGGGGCAGCAGCGGCACAUGGCCUGGCGGCAGCGGCGGCAGUUGCGGCGAGCAUGUGCGUAGUGGAGGGGGCGAGCAAGGCCACGUGGAGGAGGAGAGCGCGGCGCCGCCCAAGCCAGCGCGCAGGUUGAGGCCGGCCGGUGUCUAGUUAGGGUCUUUGCCGGCGAGCGCAGUAAAAUGGUAGACCGCAGCAGUGAGCAGUGUUGUGGCUAGAGAAUUUUCGGCCGUUUGGUUCAUUGCUGGCUGUGUUUGUGUUUGUGCCUGACAGCGGGAUGUGGUUGCACGCGUGGCGGGCCGUGCCUGUAUGAACCGACCCCUGCAGCGUUUCAUCGCUGCUAACAGUCUAUCAGCUGCUCGCACGGGUUGUCUUAUGUAUGUUAAAUUUUGAGACCAUGCAGGAUGGCUAUGUGGAGAACUGGAGACACCGCCAUUGCUUUUGCAGUUUACUACUGUACUACUUGCGGGGUUUUCCGUGUGGUUAGUCAGGUGGUGGUUGUAUUUGCGCGUCAGCCUUGUGUGUCAGCGUGUGUAUGGGGGGCCUGGUGUACGUUUGAACGCCGUGGGCAACAAUUCAUGGGCUGCAACGUGGCAAUUUAGCAUGUUACGGGAGAUGCUGCAGUGA